ACCUAACAAAUUCUUUUUAUCUUUGCACACGCCGCGUUGUGUUUGGGUUUAUAGUUUCCUGCGUAAUUUGCGGCGUAUUUUAAAAGUUAAGACAUAUUUACCCUCGUUAAAAUAUAACGCAAUCUGCAAAAUGCCGAAAGUACGAAGUGCAUCUGGGCCUCCGCGCAAACAGGGCUUCAACCAUUCGAAUCACUCUAUGAAUCCGGAACGUCCCAAAUCUGGCCUCAAAGGUGUAGCAAAUCCUCGUACGCAGGCCACUAUCAAGCGAUUGCAAAUGUACCGUAACUUCAAAGCGAAGCGUAAUCGUAAGGGAAAAAUAAUUACACCUGCACCAUUUCAGGGUCGUCUUCCAUCUGGUACGAUGGCGAGAGUGGAACCUUCUCAAAAAUGGUUCAGUAAUUCGCGGGUAAUAUCGCAAAGUGCACUCCAAAAGUUCCAAGAUGAAAUUGGCAAAGCAGUAAAAGAUCCGUACCAAGUGAUAAUGAAGCCAUCACAGCUACCAAUCACGCUACUCAACGAGACAAGCAAAUACAAGCGUGUACAUUUACUAGAUACAGAAAGUUUCGAUACCACAUUCGGUCCAAAAAGACAACGGAAGCGUGUCAAUUUGAAAGUUCGAGAUUUGGAGGACUUGAGUCGUACUGCCGAGUUACAGGCUGAAAACUAUGAUGAAACUAAAGAUGUAGAUUUAGUGCGUGAAGAAACAGGCGAAAAAGCUGCUCAGCGUGAUUGGAUAUUUGCUGCUGGACAGAGUAGACGUAUUUGGAAUGAGUUGCACAAAGUAGUUGAUUCUUCCGAUGUUUUACUCCAGGUGCUUGAUGCACGCGAUCCUAUGGGCACCCGUUCCAAGUACAUUGAACAAUUCUUACGCAAAGAAAAACCACAUAAACACCUUUUCUUCAUUUUGAAUAAAGUGGAUUUGGUGCCAGUGUGGGUGACGCAGCGCUGGGUUGCUAUAUUAAGUGCUGAGUAUCCAACUAUUGCCUUCCAUGCCUCGAUGCAGCAUCCAUUCGGAAAAGGUGCACUCAUAAACCUUUUCCGGCAGUUAGGGAAAUUGCAUAUGGACAAAAAACAGAUUAGUGUGGGUUUCAUUGGUUAUCCAAACGUAGGAAAAUCUUCCGUCAUAAAUGCCUUGCGUUCCAAAAAAGUAUGUAAUGUUGCGCCCAUCGCUGGAGAAACAAAAGUGUGGCAGUAUAUUACAUUAAUGAAACGUAUCUUCCUGAUCGAUUGUCCUGGCGUGGUAUAUCCAUCAGCUGAAACAGACACAGAAAAAGUGCUGAAAGGAGUUGUACGCGUCGAAUUGGUUACAAAUCCUGAAGACUACGUAGAGACAGUUUUGCAACGUGUACGAAAAGAGUAUAUACAAAAAACUUAUAAGGUUGAUAAAUGGACAUCGUCAUUAAACUUCUUGGAGCAGUUGGCAAAGAAAUCCGGUAAAUUACUGAAGGGAGGAGAGCCUGAUAUCACAGUCACUUCACGCAUGGUUUUGAAUGACUGGCAAAGAGGUAAGCUACCGUUUUAUGUAGCACCCGAAGGCUUUGAGAUACCAAAAUCACAGGCUGAUAAACCCCAAUCCCUUAACGAACCCGAAACAGUUGAUCAAGUCAAUCAAGAAGGAGAUGACACUAAAUCCGAAGCACCUACUUUCGUAAGCGAAUCAGUUAAGAAGGCGAGAGAAUUCAAACAGUUGCAAGACUUCAGAAAAAUUAAACUUGGCAUUCAGUUUGAACCACAGGAUGUGCGUGAGCUAGAUAAAAUAGAUUUAGAAUUGUUGGAAAAACAGAAGGCCGAGCGCCUGGAACGCAAAAAGCAACGCCAGCAAAACCCAGAGAAUGAAGAGGAGUCCAGCGAUGGUGUCAGUGAAUUUUAUUCUGAAGAUGAAUACGAUGAUGACUUAGAACGUGUCGUGCACAAAAAAGCCAACAUUAAACGUAAAGCGAGUGUCGCAAUAACGGCUUCCGGCAAAUUUAGAGUAGAGCCGGAUGUUGGUGGCGAAAGUGGUGAUGAAGGUAAUCGACUGCCUCCGGCCAAAAAACGAUUGACGGCUAAGGAGAAACGUGCGGCAGAACGCAGUCAAAAGCGCAAGAAGGUAGGCAGUAAUUUCUAUGAAGUGACCAAUGUGAAAAAUCGUAAUCGCAAUAAGAAAAAGGACGAAUGAUGUGUGAAAUAAAAAAAUAAAUUUGGUUUUCUUUAAUGAUAAUUUUCAAAAUAAAAAUGCAUGUAUUGGAAGUUAUUAAGAUACAUCAGAAGUUAUCAAUCCCAAAAAGGGUGUUUGAUAAUUUUGGAAACCUUCAGAUUCUUGACAACUGGAUUGUAUACUAUGGGAAGUGGACGUAUUAUAAAUAAAAUUUCCAACAACAAUCACA